AUUUUCCCUGAACAUUCCUGGGAAUGACAUCCAUUAUUCGUGGCUAGUGAAAUAUGAAUAAACAUGAAGAACGAAAACGACAGGGAAUAAUAGAACGCGAGUUUCCAGUCACUACAAACUUAUUCAGAACCAGCUCCAUCGGGUGUCAACGGGUUUUUGUUAUUGAAGACACGAAAGGACCAGUUUUUCAGCACACAUUCCGCCAUUGUUGGAAUGUCGCUUCUGUAAGACGUUCGACAUUAUUUCAUCCCCCACAAACAUUCCACAUUUUUCCUUUCCAAAUCCAACCGUUUCAAUAGAAAGAAAAGGGAAGAAACGGAAGCUGUUUUUGCCCGUUUCAUCCAUCCAUCCGUGUAAACAACACACAUUUCCCAACACCCGGGCUGGAUGUGUGUGUGUUACACCAUAUUUACAAUAUGAAUGGUGAGUGCUACGGGUGCACUUUAAGCGCCCGCAGCUUUUUCCCAGGCACCUAAAGCACCUGGUCUUCUUAUAGUUCCAAAGAAGAUAUGACUCAAAGAAUUGACCUUUCCCACACAAGAUCCCUAAUUUUCGUGCAUCAUUGCUAUCUUCAUCUGAUGGCAGUCGACGAAUUGAGCCAUUUCUCUUUCUUCUACUUUGCUGGGAAAAAAACAAAAGAAACUUCGUGCACAACCACGUCCGGGCUCCAUUCGAUACAGUUCUACUAUCAUUAUUUAGAAAGCUAGAAAGAGCUCCCCCUGGUUACGAAACGGUAAAACAACCGAAAUUGAAUCGUAAUAAGAUGGAGUUACGCCGACUAGAAGCAGAAUUGAAACCGUUAAGAAUCUGUUCGCUGAACUCAAGACAAUAACUUAACGUAUGAUUCGAGACAUAGUCGAUAGUAACUGGAGCGCUAAGAUGCUGUUCCGGAAGUCUAAGCAAAGGUUCAUUUUUUUCAUAACGGCAAAAAUUGAAGAUAAAUAUUUAGGGAAGAAAAAAACGGAUUUGUUGAUGGAGAAGAGGUCUUUGACCAUCUCGUUUAUAUCGUCAUUGACCGAGUUGAGAUUGGCCAAGAUGGAAGUGACUUACUGCAUCUUUUCACCUAUCAUGCUGAUGUGGCUGCUGUGCGCCGGAAUUGAUGGGGUCGAGUCGGCUGGUAAUGUGCCUCUGGAGAGGGCCAUUAACAUCGCUGGAAUUCGCAGACCUCUGAUGAAAAACGAUCAACCCAAUAGGAUUUAUCUCAGGUCUGAUCAACGCUCGCCUUCACUACCCCUUCGGACUCAUUAUUAUCGUCGUCCACCCUUACCGCCGCAUCGUCGACAGCAACAACACAAACAACAACAACAACCGGGUUUCAUAAGGAAUUCCAACGGACGCCACCCACCUCGUCCGGCUCCCGUUUCCAUCAACAAUCAUCUCGCAUUUGCGGGCGGUAAUCCCGGACGCGGAAAAUUCCAUCAUCAUUUUAUAAACCAACGGCAGCAGCCUCUGAAACAACAUCCCAACCAUCAAUUUCGGACCGUUAACGUGCCUACAAACAUUCACUAUCCGCACAAUAAAAAGCCAACCAACAAUCAACAGUUACAGCCCCCAAAUCGCCAAAAUUUAGGCAUCAGACAGCCAAUUACAGCGCCUCCCUCUCAAAAUCCUCAUGGAACGUCUCCGGAUGAAUUAGCUACGCCUAAUAAACAAAACACGAUGUCGCAGGAUGCACAAAAUCUGUUGACACUUCAACUGGAAGGCAACGACUAUUUGACGUACUUGUACCUAGCGGCGAACGAAACCCAACUGGAAGAAGUAUACCUGACGGCGGCUACGAACGCGGGCGACACGGUGACUCAUCCACCGUCAGAUGAUGACGACAUCAUUAUUGGAGCGCCAAGCGUACAUUUUGAUCCGUAUUUAUCGCAAAAUGAAUCUUCCAAGCCCAAAUUGUCUGGGGAGCAAAAUACGGCGAAUAGUGAUGACCAUUGGAAACUAACUAACGAAGGAGGAAAGGCAGCGGUCGAUGAAAACGUGAUCAAGUCAUUAGAUGAGGACUGGAUGCCCAUUUCUUCGCCUUGGGACAUAUACGGCAAAAAAAAUCGCUCGUCCAAUUAAACAAAGAAAACAAUGUUCAUCAUUCCAGGAAAAAGUGUUAAUGCCACGCAGUUCUCUUAUUUAUUUACGGAAAAAUACAUAAUAAAUAAUAAUAUCCA